AUGGCAGACACGGACAGUUCAUACUGUACAAUGGGAACACUGCGGACACGGGCAGUUCAUAUUCUACAAUUGGAACACUGCAGACACGAACAGUUAAUACUCUACAAUGGUAAGAUGGCAGACACGGACAGUUCAUACUCUACAAUGGGAACAUUGCAGACACGAACAGUUCAUACUCUACAAUGUGACAAUUAUACUCCACCCAGUGACAUUUAUACUCCACCUAGUGGCAAUUAUACUCCACCCGGUGACAAUUAUACUCCAUCCAGUGACAUUUAUACUCCACCCAGUGACAAUUAUACUCCACCCAGUGACAUUUAUAUUCCACCCAGUGACAAUUAUACUCCACUCAGUGACAAUUAUACUCCACCCAGUUACAAUAAUACUCCACCCAGUGACAUUUAUACUCCACCUAGUGACAAUUAUACUCCACCCAGUGACAAUUAUACUCCACCCAGUGACAUUUAUACUCCACCCAGUGACAAUUAUACUCCACCCAGUGACAAUUAUACUCCACCCAGUGACAUUUAUACUCCACCCAGUGACAAUUAUACUCCACCCAGUGACAAUUAUACUCCACCCAGUGACAUUUAUACUCCACCCAGUGACAAUUAUACUCCACCCAGUGACAAUUAUACUCCACCCAGUGACAUUUAUACUCCACCCAGUGACAAUUAUACUCCACCCAGUGACAAUUAUACUCCACCCAGUGACAUUUAUACUCCACCCAGUGACAAUUAUACUCCACCCAGUGACAAUUAUACUCCACCCAGUGACAUUUAUACUCCACCCAGUGACAAUUAUACUCCACCCAGUGACAUUUAUACUCCACCCAGUGACAAUUAUACUCCACCAAGUGACAUUUAUACUCCACCUAGAGACAAUUAUACUCCACCCGGUGACAAUUAUACUCCACCCAGUGACAAUUAUAUUCCACCCAGUGACAUUUAUUCUCUACCAAGGGACAAUUAUACUCCACCCAGUGACAAUUAUACUUCACUCAGUGACAAUUAUACUCCACCCAGUGACAAUUAUACUCCAUCCAGUGACAUUUAUACUCCACCCAGUGACAAUUAUACUCCACCCAGUGACAUUUAUAUUCCACCCAGUGACAAUUAUACUCCACUCAGUGACAAUUAUACUCCACCCAGUUACAAUAAUACUCCACCCAGUGACAUUUAUACUCCACCUAGUGACAAUUAUACUCCACCCAGUGACAAUUAUACUCCACCCAGUGACAUUUAUACUCCACCCAGUGACAAUUAUACUCCACCCAGUGACAUUUAUACUCCACCCAGUGACAAUUAUACUCCACCCAGUGACAUUUAUACUCCACCCAGUGACAAUUAUACUCCACCCAGUGACAUUUAUACUCCACCCAGUGACAAUUAUACUCCACCCAGUGACAAUUAUACUCCACCCAGUGACAUUUAUACUCCACCCAGUGACAAUUAUACUCCACCCAGUGACAUUUAUACUCCACCCAGUGACAAUUAUACUCCACCCAGUGACAAUUAUACUCCACCCAGUGACAAUUAUACUCCACCCAGUGACAUUUAUACUCCACCCAGUGACAAUUAUACUCCACCCAGUGACAUUUAUACUCCACCUAGUGACAAUUAUACUCCACCCAGUGACAAUUAUACUCCACCCAGUGACAUUUAUACUCCACCCAGUGACAAUUAUACUCCACCCAGUGACAAUUAUACUCCACCCAGUGACAUUUAUACUCCACCCAGUGACAAUUAUACUCCACCCAGUGACAAUUAUACUCCACCCAGUGACAAUUAUACUCCACCCAGUGACAUUUAUACUCCACCCAAUGACAAUGAUACUCGACCCAGUGCGGAGGAUACAGAUGAUACAGGUGUGGAGAACACCUAUGAUACAGGUGCGGAGGAUACAGAUGAUACAGGUGUGGAGGACACAGGUGAUACAGGUGUGGAGGACACAGGUGAUACAGGUGCGGAGGAUACAGAUGAUACAGGUGUGGAGAACACCUAUGAUACAGGUGUGGAGGAUACAGAUGAUACAGGUGUGGAGGACACAGAUGAUACAGGUGUGGAGGACACAGAUGAUACAGGUGUGGAGGACACAGAUGAUACAGGUGUGGAGGACACAGAUGAUACAGGUGUGGAGGACACAGAUGAUACAGGUGUGGAGGACACAGAUGAUACAGGUGUGGAGGACACAGAUGAUACAGGUGUGGAGGACACAGAUGAUACAGGUGUGGAGGACACAGAUGAUACAGGUGUGGAGGACACAGAUGAUACAGGUGUGGAGGACACAGAUGAUACAGGUGUGGAGGACACAGAUGAUACAGGUGUGGAGGACACAGAUGAUACAGGUGUGGAGGACACAGAUGAUACAGGUGUGGAGGACACAGAUGAUACAGGUGUGGAGGACACAGAUGAUACAGGUGUGGAGGACACCUAUGAUACAGGUGUGGAGGACACAGAUGAUACAGGUGUGGAGGACACCUAUGAUACAGGUGUGGAGGACACAGAUGAUACAGGUGUGGAGGACACAGAUGAUACAGGUGUGGAGGACACAGAUGAUACAGGUGUGGAGGACACAGAUGAUACAGGUGUGGAGGACACAGAUGAUACAGGUGUGGAGGACACAGAUGAUACAGGUGUGGAGGACACAGAUGAUACAGGUGUGGAGGACACAGAUGAUACAGGUGUGGAGGACACAGAUGAUACAGGUGUGGAGGACACAGAUGAUACAGGUGUGGAGGACACAGAUGAUACAGGUGUGGAGGACACAGAUGAUACAGGUGUGGAGGACACAGAUGAUACAGGUGUGGAGGACACAGAUGAUACAGGUGUGGAGGACACAGAUGAUACAGGUGUGGAGGACACAGAUGAUACAGGUGUGGAGGACACAGAUGAUACAGGUGUGGAGGACACAGAUGAUACAGGUGUGGAGGACACAGAUGAUACAGGUGUGGAGGACACAGGUGAUACAGGUGUGGAGGACACAGAUGAUACAGGUGUGGAGGACACAGAUGAUACAGGUGUGGAGGACACAGGUGAUACAGGUGUGGAGGACACAGAUGAUACAGGUGUGGAGGACACAGAUGAUACAGGUGUGGAGGACACAGGUGAUACAGGUGUGGAGGACACAGAUGAUACAGGUGUGGAGGACACAGAUGAUACAGGUGUGGAGGACACAGGUGAUACAGGUGUGGAGGACACAGAUGAUACAGGUGUGGAGGACACAGGUGAUACAGGUGUGGAGGACACAGGUGAUACAGGUGUGGAGGACACAGAUGAUACAGGUGUGGAGGACACAGGUGAUACAGGUGUGGAGGACACAGGUUAUACAGGUGUGGAGGACACAUGUGAUACAGGUGUGGUGGAUACAGAUGUGGAGGACGUAGAUGAUACAGGUGCGGAGGACACAGGUGAUACAGGUGUGGUGGAUACAAAUGUGGAGGACGUAGAUGAUACAGAUGUGGAGGACGUAGAUGAUACAGAUGUGGAGGACACAGGUGAUACAGGUGUGGGGUACAUAUAUGAUACAGGUGUGGAGGACACAGGUGAUACAGGUGUGGAGGACACAUAUGAUACAAGUGUGGAGGACACAGGUGAUACAGGUGUGGUGGAUACAAAUGUGGAGGCCUAG